AUGGCAAAGUCUUCGUCUUCCCCUUCUCCAAAAAGUAGCAGUACCAAAAAUAAUUCACAAACUACGAGUGUAUCACCUUCGACUGAGAAACGCUCCCAAAUUGAACUGAGACCGUUUUUUGACAAGGACGAUCUCAAGUAUGCCCAGUUUCUCUUUUACUCAACUUACCUCGAUCUUGUUCCAUAUGGCGUAAAACUACGUGUCCAGUCACCGAUUAUACUUGGCACAUGGCUGGCCCUCUUUGCAUUCCUAUUCACAUGGGUGCCAUCACAGUUGUCAACUCUCGGCUGGACAGAUCUAAUGAUGCUCAGCGUUCGUGUCCUCAUUGUCAUUGUCUCCAUCGGCGGUGGGCUGAUCACUCUUCUUUGGUACGUUGACAAGUUCGAUGUCAGCGAGCGCGUACUCGAAGGUAUCGACAAUGACCUCAAGGACCCUCCUACCUUUUAUCGCGGAGAACCCGACCAGCCUCUGAAGGGAAACUUUUGGGUAUUGACCAUCAAUGGAGAACCAGUCGGGUGUGUAGGAAUGGACCAGCAUUUAGAGGAUGUAAUCGACAAACGGGCUACUAGUACUUAUUUGCGUGCCACUGAACUUCCCAAACUGUCCGACUCUCCUGCGAUUAACGAAGCCGAGUGGGAAAAGACUGCAAAAGUACUGGCCAAGAUUGAUGACACUGUUCGUCUAGUUUUGGUGGGAGCUACAGACUUGGUGUGUGACUCUAUUGUAGCUGCUCGUAAAGCACUUGGGUUCAAAGUCGAUUCUGAUGGAAAGAAGGAAAGAGUGCUCUUUAAAGCGCACAAGCCAAACGAAGCCAGUGUGAGACGCCUGGCAAUCAAGAGUGAAUAUCAGGGUCAUGGAUUGUCGACAGUUCUUUUGAAGCGGGUUGCAUUGUGGGCUCACUCCCAUCAGAUUGAGUAUCUCUAUGCAGAGACUAAUGAGCUCCAAGACAAGAUGGCAGAGGUUUUGGAAAAACGUCAUGGAUAUACUCGCGUAUCGACAAAGAAGGAAGGAUAUAUCAAGACAAAGACUGUGUGGAAAUUGGAUGUAAAGCUUUGGAUGAGCAAGUAUCUCCAAGAGAAGAAGGAUGAAGUAUCGGAGGCAGAACGUAAAAAGGAAGAAGAGGAAUUAAAGGAGUACGAGUAAGAAAAAGAAAAUAAGUCAUGUAUUUUACUUACAUCUUGGCUUAUAUUAUCCACCCAAUGUAUCUAUUGUAGAAUAGUUUAAUCAGCAUUCAAACCUAAAACGCAAAGUAUAUUUUACACUAUAUCUUAUAUUUAUAAUACCAUGAUUUCUCAUCUAUAUAAAACAGUAAUUUCUUUUUUC